CUAUGGGCAUGUCUAAAGCAUUUGUUUCUGAGGAGAUUACGGAAUCUGCUUCAAUCCCACAUGACGUGAAAUCAAAAUCAGUGGUUACAAAUAAAGUUACUAGAAAGUUCGUGAUGAAAGUGAAGUUAAGAAACACUGAUCCACAUAGGGGGGUGAUGAAGCUAGGUGUGCUUGCAGGCGUCCAGUCUAUUGAUUAUCAAGAAGGGAUUCUAACCGUCACCGGGGAUGUUGAUUUUACGGAACUGGUAAAGCGUGUGGGGAAGAUUGCGCUACAUGCAGAAUUAAUAUAUUUUGGACCCGCAGAAGAACCCAAUAAAGGAGUUGUACUUGGUAAAAAACCCGCAGAAGAACACAAAACAGGAGAUGUACUUGCUACAGGACUUCCAUAUGAAACCAUGACAAGAGACGAAUCAACAGGACUUCCAUAUGAAACCAAGACAACAGAGGAACAAAUUCUUGUUCCCGACAUCAUGAAUGCAAGGUAACAGCAGCACAUGAUUCUGCACAAAGUUGGGUUUCAAGGGAGUCGGCUACAGUACAGAAAUGAGGGAGUAUGGCAUGGCAUAUUGACAUUUAGUUUCAUCAUUUCCUUGCACUCCAUGAAAAUCACAAUUUCUUUUUCACUGGUCUAUCGCAACAAUUACAUUUCCCCGGAUGUAUGAAUACUUGCCAUUUCAACUACAAGACUGGUGCUGAUUGGU